AUGGAGCUGUCUGCAUCCAGCUAUGUAUCAAUGUUGGUCUACAUCUUCACCUUCUUGCUUGGACUUCCCGGCAACCUCCUGGUUCUCUUCGUGUACAUCCGGAAGGCUCGAAAACAUGGCGCAACUCCAAAUGUAGUCUACGCUCUUAACCUGUGCGUGGCAAAUCUCGCUCUAGUGUUGUGGAUGCCGGUCAAAGUGGCUGAGACGGUGCUCCAAGGUUGGGAGCUUCCAGCUUUGGUUUGUCCCGUUUACAGUUUCUUUCUGUUUUCGUCAGUCUACGGGAGCAGUUUGAUCCUCACUGCAGUCGUUGUGGGCCGCUACCUGAGCAUUGCAUUUCCCAUCACUUACAAGAUCUACCGCAGGGCACGGACUUCUUGCCUGGUCAGCGCCGUCUUGUGGGCUCUAGUGUUUUUGCACUUGGGUUUUGCUGUUCUUGCUGAAGGAGGAGGACAUUUUGUGUCUUUAUCAGAGCAGAAUGUGUCUGCUUGCUAUGAAAACUUCACCAAGGAGCAGUUGGAUGUGUUGGUGCCAUUGCGCCUGGAGAUGGCGCUGCUGCUUUUCCUGCUGCCGCUUGUUUUGUCAGCAUUUUGCACGCUGCGUUGCCUUGUCCUUGUUAGACACUCGUCUUUGCCCUCUUGUGGGAAAAAAAGAGUGUUAGCCAUUGCCCUCUCCACUUUAAUAGUGUUUGUGGUUUGCUAUGGACCCUACAAUGUCUCCCACAUAGUGGGUUUUGUGUUGUACACUAAUGUUGAGUGGAGAAGUGAAGCCAUGCUUACCAGCUCCUGCAAUAUCUUUCUUGAACCUGUGGUCAUGCUGAUGCUUUCUCCGUGGACGCCAAGGGAUCUGCUGGACAGAUUGUGUCACAGGCGAAGAGACGCUUCACGCAAGUGGUGGGAUCAGAAUUACAGGGUUUCCAGGAACCCGCAAACAACAACCACACAGGUGGCGUCAAUAAUAAGCCAUAGAGAAUCUGAAAAAGCGAGAGCAAACACAACAGACUAG